AUGUCCACAAUCGCCCCCCUUAACAUCACCCUCAAAUCAACCGGCAACGCUCGCAAAUUUGGUAUUCCUACCGGCUCCACUCACUCCGUCUCUUCCCCUCCCUCCGCCGCUCACGCAAACGGGAUGAAUGCACUUUCUCCCACGGCUCUGAAGGACGUUACGAGCAGUGCGGUUAACACGAGCGUCACAAUUAUGCAAGAUGUAAAGAGUGAUGGGCUCGGUCAUAGUUCGGAGGAUAGUUAUACCGCUUUAGAGAGCGAUUCUGAGAUGGGGCUUACGUCUCCCCCUCCCAUUCCGGUCAAGAAACCGCGGGAUCUUCCUGCUUCGCCUGCUAAAAGUCCUGAGCCUUUGAACUUGACCGCGAAUGAAAGUCCAAAGCGCAAAGCUUCCGAAAUCCGCUCCGUCCCAGGUUCCCCGACGAAAUCCGCCGCCAACUUGGAGGACCAGAAGUUGAAGGCAAAAAUGGAACUGAAAGCGAAGGCCAGGCAGAAUUUGCUACAGCCGUUGGAAGCUUUCGAUUUAGACGGGAUGACGGCCCAAUACGAGGAAGCCAUGAUGACCAUCUCGAAGGAGGAAGCGAACUUGUUCAAUGAAUAUACGGCACUUUGUCAGGAUAUGCAAGCUUGGUCUCGAUCUCGUCUUGUGGAGGAGAACCUUCGCGUCAAGAGACGUGUUUCCGUCUCCGUCAACUGGAUCCGCAACAAAGAAGCCGACCUUGAGACGCUCAGGCAGGGUUUGGUAACAGUCAUGGACAGUGUCAAGAAGGCUUUGGACGGGAUGUUGGCGAUGAGCAUGAACGAGGCUGGAUUGGGUGGACUCGAUUCGGAGGUGCGCGAUUACUACUAG